AUGGCCGCCGUAACAUCUCAAACUGAGCUUCAGCUCGUAGUAGAUACUGUAUCCCACACCACCAGCACCGAUUCUACCCAUCAAAUUCAACUCGGCAACCUCCCAACCACUGUUGCUAGGCGUAUCAAGAAAUCAUUCACCAACGUCUUAACGAAAUUCCAUGCUGGUUAUUUUAGGGUAAGCCUAUCUUUGGGUGGCCAAGCUUUAUUAUGGAAAACGUUGAUAGGACCAACCGACAAUAUGAGCACUUUUCGACUUGCCCUCCAUACGUUUCAUCCCGCAGCUUUUACUCUCCUCUGGUGUUUCGCAUUCUUUACCCUUGUUUUGCUUUCCGUUAUUUACCUUUUGAGAUGCUUAUUUUACUUUAAGAUGGUGAAAGAGGAGUUCUUGCACCAUGUAGGUGUCAACUACCUAUUCGCUCCGUCGAUUUCUUGGCUUCUUUUGCUUCAAUCGGCACCCUUCUUUUGCUUCAACAACCCCUACUCAUAUGCAGUUCUGUGGUGGGUUUUCGCAGUUCCUGUUGUGGUGCUGGAUGUUAAAAUAUAUGGGCAAUGGUUCACUAAAGGAAAAAAGUUUUUGUCAGCGAUUGCAAAUCCGACGAGUCAUUUGUCUGUUAUAGGGAACCUGGUCGUUGCACAAGCAGCAGCAAAUAUGGGUGGGAAAGAGUGUGCCGUCUGCUUUUUUUCUCUAGGAAUAGUACAUUAUUUGGUUCUCUUCGUGACGCUAUACCAGCGUUUAUCAGGCACCGAUCAGCUUCCGACGCAGUUAAGGCCGGCUUUUUUCUUGUACUUCGCUGCACCAAGCAUGGCGAGCUUGGCUUGGCAAUCCAUUGCUGGUUCUUUCGACACCGCUUCAAAAACGCUCUUCUUUCUCUCGCUCUUCCUCUUCGUUUCACUGGUUUGCAGGCCAACACUGUUUAAAAGAUCAAUGAAAAGGUUCAAUGUGGCAUGGUGGGCUUAUUCGUUUCCCUUGUCCGUGCUGGCUCUGGCUUCCAUGGAAUAUGCAGAAGAAGUGAAAGGGGGCAUUUCAAAUCUCCUAAUGCUGCUUCUCUCAGCAUUUUCUGUCCUCGUUUCCAUUGGUUUGAUCGUUUUAGCUCUGCUCAACAACAUUUCGCUCUUACCUCAACAACAUAUCCGCGACUGCUCGGCAAAUCAACGACUACAAUUGUUCAAUUAGAUGAAAGAUGGUGUAUAAAACAUAUA